AAUCGCAUUUGGUGUGACCGCAUCCGAAAACGUGAAGUGAGCGCCAUCGGUUGCGUUUUUUCGCGAAAUAAAAUAAGAGCAAAUUAACUGACAGGAUCAAAAUGGGGGACAAGCUGCUGGACUCCACACAAAUCAUCAAUGGGCUCGCUGUGAUGCUGUCGUUUUUCGUCGGCUACCGAUACGCCCUGAAGCGUGGAGACGCCAAGGACCUGUCUGCGGGCGAAGGAGCAAGUGCGGCGGUUGGAGCCGAAAUGUCCAGUUCUAUGGAAGCUCCAGUGGCCGAUAAGGGCUACGGCGGCUUCAACGAGAACUUUAAGAUGGUCCUUGUCGUCCGCAACGACCUAAAGAUGGGCAAGGGAAAGAUUGCCGCCCAGUGUGGCCACGGAGCUGUCGGCGCCUAUCAGCGGGCAGUGGGACGGACGCCACGGUUGCUCCGUGCUUGGGAGAACUGCGGCUGCGCCAAGAUCGCCGUGCGCGUGGAGAGCGAGGCGGAGCUAAUGGCCAUCAAGAAAGCAGCCGAGCGGCAACAGUUGAACACCUGCCUCAUCCGCGAUGCCGGACGCACUCAGAUCGAGCCCAACUCCAAGACUGUGCUGGCCAUUGGGCCGGCAGCCGCCGAUGAUAUCGAUCAGGUGACCGGCCACCUGAAACUGCUGUAAGAUCUGCGCAUUAAAGGAACUCUCGCAAGCCAUGUAGUAUCACUAAUUCACUAAGUGCAACCCGACAAUUCUCGAAGCAAUAGGGCGCAUGGGGUGGCGGUGGAAAGGUAGAGAUGGCGUCAUGCCACUGAUGAUGAGGCGGAGAGGAUGACGACGACGACGACUGUGACAUGCAAGUUAAGCUAAGAUUUACGUUAUCACGUUAACUGUGAACCGAGCUGUUACAUAUUAAAUGAUUGGCAGUCCCAGCCUGGAACUGCAAAGCUCUAA